AUGUCUUCGGCUCACAAACCGACGACGCAGGAGGCGAUCAACUUCUUCAAGCAGUAUCGUGAGAAGUUCCAGCGUAGUAGCAGCGGUGGCAAUUUACCCAGUCAAAAUAGUGUCAAUGCCUCUCCCCAACAGAACAUUGUGACGCAGGUGCAGCAGGUCGACGUGGUACCUGACUCGACAACCCGAAACAUUAUUCCGAUGAACCGCCGAAAUGGGACCACGAUCACGCGCCUCGAUUUGCUUCGUAAGUCGCCUACGAACUGCUCGCCGUGCUUAGUUCAAGAAGCUGAGAUCAGGCCGCUGCUGCCGCCUCUGCCCUUUGCCUCCGUGCCGAAGGUGACGUUAGUACUGGACGUGGAUGAGACGCUGGUGCACUCCACGUUUCAGCCAAGUUCGGAUGUCGUGUACGACAAGGUGCUGCUCGUGCCAUCUGAAGGGAAGACGUACACAGUCAGCGUCAAGUACCGGCCCUACCUGGAAGAUUUUUUGCGCUUUGUCAGUCGUCGUUUCGAAAUAGUCGUCUUCACUGCUAGCAUGCGGGCUUACUGUGACAAACUCAUGGACGAAAUUGAUACGCAGGGUAUCCUGGGCAACUUGCGCCUAUUCCGUGAGCACUGUACUCUCUGCGACCGCUCUUACGUCAAGGAUCUCCACCAACUCGGUCGCGAUCUUCGUAGAGUUGUCAUUCUCGACAACAGCCCAGCCGCCUACUCGUUUCAGCAGCGUAACGCCAUUCCAAUCAAGACGUGGAUCAACGACCCGAAAGACCGCGAGCUGUUCUUACUGCUCCCGCUCCUUGACAGACUCGCGAUGUGCGACUCGGUGUACAGCGAGCUUGAUCCGUACAACGCGAGAGGUUGCGACUACCUGUGA